AUGGUAUCGUGUCUUUCGACAGGGACUAGCCGUAAAACGGUUUUAUUAACUACCGCUUUGAUCAAAGCGGAGUCGAAAGACGGUUCAUAUAGGGUUGUUAGGGCUUUACUCGAUCAAGGAUCACAAGGUUCGUUUGUGACAGAAUCUACAGUCCAGUAUUUGGGAUUAGAUAAAACACCUUCAAAGCAAGUUGUGAUAGGUGUAGGUGGGGACAAGAGUGCUACGGCCAAGUCCAGUGUGAUUCUCACAUUGAGGUCUAGAAUAGACCCCAGUGUCGUCAUUAAGGUUAAUGCAUUCGUCUUGAAGUCGGUCACAGCUCUUCUCCCAACUACAAAGAUAGCCAAGGUAGAAUGGGUAGACUUGACUGAUGAUGACUUGGCUGAUCCAGAAUAUUACAGGCCUAAUAAAAUUGAUGUUCUAUUAGGUGCUGAGGUCUACAGCCAGGUCAUCCAGGAGGGCAUUAAAAAGAAUAUAACUGGGUCGUUAUUGGCUCAAUGUACUAAAUUAGGGUGGAUAUUGUCAGGUACCCUUGAUGUUGAUCAGACAAUUAAUACAACACGUGUUACCGUUUUGCAUUCAAGUGUUGAAGAGGAUGACAUGCUUAAAAAAUUUUGGGAACUGGAAGCAGAACCUCCUAGAAAGAAAAUGCUUACGGAGGAAGAAAAUAAAUGCGUGAAGUUAUUUGCAGCUACGACGGAACGCGACAGUAAUGGUAGAUACAUUGUAAGACUACCAUUGCGUAAUGUGGACCCGGCUUGGGCGGUUGGUGAGACCAGGAGCAUUGCUGAAAAAAUAUUCAAAGGUUUAGAAGUAAAAUUUAAGAAAAACGAAAAACUUAAAGAAGAAUAUGGGAAAGUAAUAAAAGAGUAUUUACAGUUAAAUCACAUGACAAAAGUACCAGAAGUAGAUUAUAAUAAUGAAAAAGCAAUCUACUUACCUCACCACGCCGUUGUCCGGGAGGAUAAAGAAACAUCAAAGGUUCGCGUCGUAUUCGAUGCCUCCUGCAAAGGAUCGAAGGGAAUGUCACUGAAUGACAACAUACAUUGUGAAAAUGUAUCGUCAAGUUCUGGUACACAAGAAGGAUACAAUACUACAACGUAUUCUCUGGCGAGAUGA